CUAUCUACAGUACCGUCUAAAAAAUUUGCAAUAAUUAUAUAUACCAACAAAUAGGUUCAAAUUAUUAGUUGUUUGUGUUUGAUUUCAGCAAUGAUCAAGAAAGCAGCCCUUGGAGUGGCCUUAUUAGUGCUGCUUUUAGCUUUAGUCAUUCGUCCCCCUUCUCCCAAAACUUGCAGCACAGCAGGUCUCCCAUCCACCACAUCAAGAAUCAAGCUUAGAGAUGGAAGGCAUUUGGUGUACAAAGAAUAUGGUGUGCCCAAAAAAUCUGCAAAUUAUAAUGUCAUAUAUGUUCAUAGCUUUGGUGGCAGCAAAUUCGAGGCUGCUCUUAUAAUUUCGAAAGCUAUUGAAGAAUUAGGGGUAUACUUGGUGUCCUUUGAUAGACCUGGUUAUGGUAAAAGUGAUCCUCAUCCAAAGAGAAGUUUUAAAAGUUUGGCUUUUGAUAUAGAAGAGGUUGCUGAUCAAUUGGAACUUGGAGAUAAAUUUUACGUUGUUGGGUUCGCCAUGGGUGCUCACUUCGUUUGGGGCUGCCUUAAGUACAUUCCUCAACGCUUAGCUGGAGCUGCAUUAUUGGCUCCAGCAAUCAAUUAUUGGUGGCCUGGAUUUCCAGCAAACUUGACUAAACAAGCGUUAGAUAAACAGUUACCCAGAGACCAAUGGGUUUAUCAAGUUGCGUACUAUGCCCCUUGGCUUAUGUAUUGGUGGAACACUCAACAAUGGUUUCCUGGCUUUAGUGUUAUUACUGGAGAAUUUAAAUUGUCUCAAAAAGAUCUCAAAAUUGCCUCCUCACUUGAUGAGAUGCAACUUCAGCAGGCAUAUGUUACACAACAAGGAGAUUUUGAGUCCCUGCACCGGGACUUGAUUAUUGGUUUUGGUAAACCCGAAUUUGAUCCGAUGGAUAUGAAAAACCCAUUCCCUAACAACGAAAGCUCUGCACAUCUAUGGCAUGGUGUUGAAGAUGGGAUUGUGUCUGUUAAUCUGCAACGUUUCAUCGCGAAAAAACUUCCAUGGAUAAAGUAUCACGAGCUAUCAGAUGCUGGACACUUAUUCCCUUGUGGUGAAGAUAGUGUAAAAGAUGUUAUAUGGAAGGCUCUUUUGAGUGAGAAAAUUUAAUUGAUUUUUACAAAUUGAAAAUUGUUAAGGUUAUGAUUGUAAUAAGGAGGAUCCAGGAUCUUUUAAUAAUUAUAUAAAUAGUAUAAAAGGUCCAUUACCUGUG